ACUGGUCGAUAGCCAACUAUCGUAUUGUAUCGCCUAAUUACAAAAAAAUAAAUAUAAAUGAAGUGAAGCGGACGCAGCAACAAAAACAAAGAGAUUGCUACGAUCAAAAUGCUACGGGCAAUCGGGAAACGGGACAGGGACAUCUUCGAGGAAGUUUGGCCGGACAAAAGGCGAAUAGUUUUAAAGCUACUGCGCCAGGAUACGGUGUCACAGCGCGAAUGGCAGGACCUAUUCUUCGGCGUCCACUUCGUGUGCCUGUGGGACGAGAAGGGCGCGGCCAAGAUCUACGACUGCCUGCAGCAGGACAUCGUUGAGUUCAUCGUCCAGGCCCAAAGCCAGGUGCAAGCGCAACGGGGCGAGCAGGCCCUUCUGGCUACCUACAUUGUGGAGUGGCGCAAGUUCUUUACACAGUCCAACUACCUGCCACUGCCCUUUCGCCAGCUGGAGCAGUCGCCCCAGGUGAAGCCCUCCUCCAGUGGCAGCAGCUCCUCCGCAUCCGUCUCCGCCUCGGGAGCGAGUACGAGUGCCGCCGCGGCGGCAGCAGCCUCUUCCUGCAGCGGUCAGGCUGGAAAGUCUGGAGCCUCCACCUCAGCCGCAGCUGGAGCCUCCACAUCAGCCGCCGCUGCUGCAGCCUCCACAUCCGCCUCCACAAGUUCAGCAGCGGCAGCUGCAGCUGCUUCCGGAAGUGGGAGCUCCAGCAGCAGCACGUCUGCCUCCAAGAAAAACCCCACGGAGGACAGUCCUGUACGAAAACUCAUGCUGGACUCCUGGAACAAGCACAUCUUCCACGACAUCAAGCAUCGUCUGCAGGAGUCGGCCAUGAAGAUUGUGCACGCCGAACGGAACGGAGAUGCCUAUGAUGCCCAGCUAGUGGUAGGCGUGCGCGAGAGCUAUGUAAAUCUCUCUUCGAAUGCAGAGGACAAACUAGAGAUCUACAGGGAAAACUUUGAGAUGGCGUACCUUAAGGCCACUGCCGAGUUCUAUCGCCUGAAAUCCGCAGAGCAACAGCAGGAGAACGGAGUGCUGGCCUACAUGAAAUACGCCGACUCAAAGUUGCGUGAGGAGGAGGUCAGGGCCAAACGGUAUCUGGAGCCCAGCAGCUUCAGUAUACUUACUUACACGCUGGUCAAUGUGCUCAUAGUGGACCACCUCAACUCAAUCAUUGCCGAGUGUCCAGCUUUGAUCAGGGACUAUGAAACGGAGCGAUUGAAUCUCAUGUUCCGCCUGAUGGAUCGAGUGAUGCACGGCGUUGGCGUGGAGGCCAUGAUGGGUGACCUGCAGCGGCACAUCAUGUCUGCCGGACUGGCCGACAUGCUGUCCGCUUCGGAGGUGAUUACUCAGGAUUCGGAAAAGUACGUUGAGCGGCUACUUGAGCUGUUCAACAAGUUCAGCGAUCUGGUGCGCAACGCCUUUAACGACGAUCCCCGAUUCCUCACUGCCCGCGACAUCGCUUUUAAGACGGUAGUCAACGACACCAGCGUGUUCAAGAUGGAGCUACCCACGAGUAUCGCCAAUCGGGGUGUAAAGUACACAGCGCCGGAGAGCAAAUGCCCGGAACUACUGGCCAACUACUGCGACAUGCUGCUCCGGCGAACGCCGCUCAGCAAACGCCUCACCAGCGAACAGAUCGACGCCCGUCUGCGCGAUGUCCUCUUGGUCCUGAAGUACGUCAACAACAAGGACGUCUUUAUGCGCUAUCACAAAGUUCAUUUGACGAGGCGCUUGAUUUUGGGCACCAGUGCGGAUAGCGAGAAGGAGGAGGACAUCGUAGAGUGGCUGCGGGAGGUGGGCAUGCCGGCGGACUACGUGAAUCGGCUGGCGCGCAUGUUCCAGGACAUAAAGGUCAGCGAGGACUUAAAUACUCAAUUCCGCACCUCGAUAAGUCGGCACGAUGCUAUCAACAUUAAAAUACUCAACGCGGGUGCCUGGGCCCGCUGUUCGGAGCGAGUUUCGGUCUCACUGCCCAUCGAGCUCGAGGAUUAUAUCCCUGAUGUGGAGGAGUUUUACAAGAAGAAGCAUUCCGGCCGUAAGCUGCAGUGGUACCAUCACAUGAGCAAUGGCACUAUCACCUUUGUGAAUAACUUCGGGCGCUACGAUUUGGAUGUGACCACUUUCCAGAUGGCCGUCUUGUUUGCGUGGAAUCAGCGUCAGCAUGACAAAAUUUCUUACGAGAAUCUCCGCCUGGCCACAGAACUACCAGAUCCCGAACUGAGGCGAACGUUGUGGUCGCUGGUAGCGUUCCCCAAGAUAAAGAAACAGAUCCUGCUCAUGGAACCGGCGGCCAUCAGUUCGCCCAAGGACUUUGCCGAGAACACAAUGUUCUAUAUUAAUCAGGAGUUCGCUAUUGUCAAGAAUGGCAAGUCGCAGCGUCGUGGAAAGCUGAAUCUCAUCGGGCGCCUGCAAUUGAGCACAGAGCGCUCGCAGCAGGAGGACAAUCAGUCCAUUGUGCAACUGCGCAUUCUGCGCACACAAGAGGCCAUUAUCAAAAUCAUGAAAGUGCGCAAACGGAUGAACAACGCAGCGCUGCAGGGUGAACUCAUCGAUAUUUUGAAGAACAUGUUCCUGCCGUCCAAGAAGAUGAUCAAGGAGCAGCUGGAGUGGCUGAUCGAGAACAAGUAUAUGAGACGGGACGACGAUGAUAUCAACAUGUUCAUUUACGUGGCCUAAGCUAAGCAGCUGCUCGUGAUCCCGGCUCUAGUCUCAGUCCCGUCUAUGCAGUCAUUCCCAUUUCCAUUCCCUCACACGCUACUCCAAAAACUAUUGCUGCUGCGAUUUUAAUCUCAACGCCGACGUGCUCAAAGCACGCGCCCUUUUUCUGUCUACGGAAUUGGAUAAUUGUAUUAUAUGGAAACGUGAUUCGCUACUGACAUUGCGCCCUCAAAGCAUUUAAAAGACCCACACUCCAAUCGGCAGCCGCUUUCUCGUGUCCACGUCCUGUAUUUGUGAAACUUUGUAUUUUUAUAUUGGCCCACUGGCUGCUCUGCGUAGCUCUAGGUAUUAUGUUUUGUGCGCUACUUGCACCCUGGAAAUUCCGAGCCCACGCCCACGCCCUGCCCCCGAGUAAUAUCGAUCGAUAGCGUUAAUCUAAUCAACCUGCUGUUUUCUAUGUGUGUAGUUAUCCCUUGUUUGUUUCCGUUGCCUGGUCUUCUGUUGAUUCUUGGGUAUUUUGCAAUGUUCCACGUGAGACUCACAGACCUCCAGAAGAUUAAUGGGGAAGCCAAUUCUUCGUCUCCGGUCGCUCCCAGCAUGGAAUGCCUAAUCACACACAAACACUCACUCACACGGGAUCGCAAAACUAUAACUAAAAUAGCAAUACUUUAUGUUUAAGUUAAUGAAUAAAUUUGGUUCUACACAUAAUGAAAGCGAA